GAGAUUUACUGUAUUUAUCGAGUAAGAUAUAAAAACUUGUUAUGAAAACAAUUACAAUCACUAGAGAUGCGUUAGUCUCUCAUAAGUUAAAUGUUUUCCACUUUUUCUAAAGUAAAUUCGUUUUUAAUUAAAUUUUUCUAUGGAUUAGUGGCUCUAUUCUUGGGCAAUUAUGUUAUCAAAUUUGUGCAAAGAGUCCGUAAAUUGCCUCCUGGACCAUGGGGACUACCCUUUGUUGGCUACUUACCUUUCAUUAGACAAGAUGAGUAUAACCAUGUGACACAGUUGGCUGCAAAAUAUGGACCAGUUUUCAGUUUCAAGUGUGGCCAGUUUGACGUUAUUGUUAUUAACCAAUGGAAGUUUAUUAAAGAAGCUUUGGCGAAUGAACACUUACUUGGUCGACCUAAAGCGACUUUUAUACCAGGUGUAAUGGAACACAGCUCAUUUGCCGAAAUGUCAGGUGAACCUUGGAAGCAACAGAGACGAAUUGCUUUAACUACACUUCGAGAUGUUGGUUUAGGAAAAAGUGAAAUGGAAGAUUCGAUUAGCGACGAAAUUAAAUCAUUCAUUGAAGUAAUCAAAUCUUAUGAAGGCGAACCAAUAUCAAUAUCUAAUAAACUAUCCUUGAGUGUAUCAAACAAUAUAUCAACGCUCAUAUUUGGACACAAAUACGCUUAUGAUGAUCCUGUUAUUCUUGUUUUGGAAAAGUUGCGCGUCCUAACGAAUGAUACGCUGCGAUAUUUUAAUGUAGCCGCAUUCCUGCCGACCAUCGUAAGUUUAAUAAUCAAAUUAAACCUUUUCAGUUUAUCAAAUUUUAAGGAACUAUUCAAAAAAUUUGAAUCUCAUUUGGAUGAUGAGAUUGAUGAGCACCGUAAAAAGGAUAACAAUGGUUAUGAAAUAAAUGAUUACAUCGAUGGAUUCCUCAAUGAAAUGUCCAAAAGACAGAACGAAAAGGAUUCAACCUUCAAUAUAAAUACUCUGAAACGAAAUGCAGCUACGUUUUACGGUGCUGGCUCUGACACAAUUGCAAAUACACUCGAAUGGAUUAUGAUAUAUCUAGUUAAAUACCCUGAAUACCAGGAAAGGAUACGCGAUGAAAUCAAACAGACGAUUGGAUUAAAUAGACAACCUGAAAAUGUGGACCGAAAAGAAAUGCCCUUCACAAUGGCCUUCCUUUACGAAUCCCUGCGAUUCAAUUCGUUGGUUCCACUUAAUUUAUUGAGAAGAGCAACUGAAGAUACCAAAGUGGGAGAAUAUUCAAUACCUAAAGACAGCCUUGUUACAUUUAACUUCUGGUCAGUCCAUCAUGAUCCAAAUUUAUGGGAUAAUCCUGAGCUAUUCAAGCCUGAACGGUUCCUCAAUGAAGAUAAAUCUAAAGCCAUUAAACCACCUUAUUUGGUUUCAUUCAGUGGUGGAAAAAGAGUUUGUCCUGGAGAGAGUUUUGCUUAUCUUCAGUUAUUCUUGUAUCUUGUUUCAAUUUUACAGCCAUUUGAGAUAUCAGCUGAAACAGGGAAAGAUAUUUCAUUAGAAAGGGUGCAAAAAUUCCUUAUAAGACCAAAAAUUCUACCCGAUUUUAUUUUUAAAAAUAUUGAUUGAAUUAUUUGCCUGAAAAGAGCUCUAUUAUUGUAAAUAAUAAAUGAAAUAAUCCUCGUUAAGACGCUGGAGGUUUAUGCCAACGCUAAUCUAAUGCCGUCUAAUAAUAUAUUGUAAUAAAAUAAGAUUCUUUAUAUACUUUUCA